AUGAGUUCAAACGCUGGAGGAGGCGACCUGCUGACGGACGGGGUGACUGACAGGCCGUCCAGGGGCCUCGCGGGGCCCCUAAUGGAGGCUUCUGAAUAUCUACUGAAGAAUCCACCUUUUUUUUUUGUUGUGCUUCCAGAUGAUACAGCAGAGUUCAACCAAGUGACCGGAUCACUUAUUGCUAUCUUCAAGAUGGAUGCUAAAGGUACUCUUGGCGGUCUCUUCUCUCAGAUCCUGCAGGGAGAGGACAUCGUUCGGGAAAGGGCCAUCAAGUUUCUGUCCACCAAACUGAAGACCCUGACAGAGGAGGUCAUGACGAAGGAGGUGGAGGACCAUGUCUUUGCAGAAACAAAGAAGGUUCUGGAGGACGUGACGGGGGAGGAGUUUGUCCUCUUGAUGCGCGUGGUGUCCAACCUGCGGGUGCUGCAGACGGUGAACGGGCGGCAGCAGCUGGUGGAGCUGGUGGUGGAGCAGGCCUUCCUGGAUCAGGCGCUGAACACGGCCGACCCCGACCUCGUGGACCGCCUCCUGCAGUGCACCCGCCAGGCGCUGCCCCUCUUCUCCAAAAACGUCCACUCGACACGUUUCAUCACGUACUUCUGUGAACACGUGCUGCCCAACCUCAGCGCCCUGACGAGUCCCGUGCCGGAGCUGGACAUCCAGCUGGAGGUGCUGAAGCUGCUGGCUGAGAUGAGUCCAUACUGUGGAGACAUGGAUAAGCUGGAGCCAAACCUCAGCAUGCUGUUCACCAAGCUGGUGGAGUUCAUGCCUCUGCCACCAGAUGAGGCGGAGAACGGGGAGAGCUCAGCGAUGGAGGAACCCAAACUGCAGUUCAGCUACGUGGAGUGUCUCCUCUUCGGCUUCCACCAGCUCGGCAAGAAGCUGCCCGACUUCCUCAUCGAAAAAGUGGACGCCGAGAGCCUCAAAGACUUCAAGAUCAGGUUACAGUACUUUGCCAGAGGCCUGCAGGUUUACAUCCGACAGCUGCGAGUAGCACUGCAAGGAAAGACGGGAGACGCUCUGAAGACCGACGAGAACAAAAUGAAGGUGGUGGCUCUCAAGAUCACGAACAACAUCAACGUCCUCAUCAAAGAUCUUUUCCACAACCCUCCAUCAUUCAAGAGCUCCGUCACUCUGUCCUGGAAACCGGUGCAGAAGUCGGAGGCAGCGGCGCCGAAGCGCCCCUCGGGUGAGGAGUUGGGCCCCGGCGGCAGCACAAAGAAGCAGAUCUCUCCUCUGCCCCGGAGGGACGCGCGGCAGAUCUACAACCCCCCCAGCGGCAAGUACAGCGCCACCAUUGGCAAUUUUACUAAUGGUGAGGAGCACUCUGUGGCACUUAGAGGUUUGAGUAAUCCCUGGUUCAGCAUGUCCAUCUGCACAUUGGGUCAUUUCACUCUUACCUUUUGA